AUGACUGAGGUCGGGCACGCCGAUUUAUCGCGGCUGCUUCAAUCCAAGCGCAAUGAGUGCCAUGCAAUUGUAACUUCGCGCAAGAGGAAGCUUCGCGAACUCUUCGCGGUCGCGACCCAGACUCAGCCUCUGCCACAGCAAGCCUAUGCGCUGCCCGACGCGCCCGCUGCCACCAGCGCCGAGUGGCAAUUCUUGCAGACGAAUGAUAUUUUGCAAGACAGAAUCUUCGAUGAAGGAAGUAUUCCACCGCGACCAGCGCAAUCCGUCGAAGCCUUGAAAAGGUCUAUUAAUGCUCAGCUUGCUGCUGCAAGUUCCCGGGCUAAUUCGCCAGUUGUCACGACUCCCGGAACGUCGAAUUCGACAACCUCGGCGCGAUCAACACCUGGCGUAAAGAGCCCGGCCAACACCCAUCAUGCAUCUAAGCCUGCUAUCCCGACCCAGCCUUCUACGUCAGCGAUUGCUGCACGUGCUCAGAAGCAACCGGAUAGACCUGCCAAUGUCUCGAGACGACCAACCCAAGUUUCGUUCCCUCCUGGCACCAAAGGAUCGCCUUCCUUAUCACCAACGCCAGUCGUUAAUGGAGUUUCCUUAACUGCCCCCCCGAGUGAUGGUUCGUUGAGCAUCAAGUUGCCCCAAGAUGCGGCAAAAGUUACUGAUGCCCUGUCUUCUCCGGAAUCAACAGCUGCCAGUGCGACGACUACUGCGGCUCACGACAUCUCUGCCAACACCAGCCCAGACCACGAAGGCCCUCGAUCCCCCGAAAAUGUACAACUACCUGUGCAAGCUGAGCCGAAACCAGACACAAAAGACAAUGCUGCCAGUCAGAAGACACCAAUGUCCGACGAAGAUCAGCUACUGCAGGAGUCUAUACGAUCUGCUGCUGCGUCUGGCUCGGAAGAUGAAGCGCCAUCAAUAACUCCCCCAACUCCAGUACCGCAAACUGGCACCACGCUACCUCCCACCACCGAAGUUCCUGACAGCCAAGACGAAGCGGAUAAGAUGGAUGUCGAUGUCCCUGAAACGGGCCAGACUUCCAUUAAUGUCAAACAGACACCUCUACUUACACCUCAACCAACAAGAGAAAGCGUGCCUGUAGAGCGUGCCGUCACCAGAGUCUCUUCGGGAGCCAUGAGAUUAAAGUCGGUCAACGAAAUCGUCGGCGCUACCCCUCGUUCAAUCACCGAUCGCGGCACGCCAAAGGACCUACACGAUCGACUCACGCCAUCCGCUUCUGUACCAGAAUCACCAGCAGCGAGACCGAAAUCACGAAAGGACCGCAGCAAGGGGCAAGUGUCUAAGGUUUUAUUCGGGAAGCAGCCUAAGCGUGUCGAUGACAAGACCAUCGCCUCAGGUCAAAAGGAACAGUUUCACCCCUUCGACGACUAUUACACUCCGCUCUUUAUACAAAACUUUACCGGCGCAACCAACUGGAUGCAGCCCAUCGAGAAAAUUCUGUUCCACGCCAACAAGACGAUUGGCACUUCCGAUGCUAACCUCGCAAUCCUGGAUAAUCAAGCCUGCAAGGUGCUACGUAGGGUGUAUCAUCUGCAGCAGCAUGACAAGUGGUCUUUGCGACAGCCCAAGCGUUGCCCGGAGCCGAUACGACCUAGUUCGCAAUGGGAUGUGAUGCUUCAAGAGAUGAAAUGGAUGAGAACGGAUUUCAGAGAGGAGCGCAAAUGGAAGAUGGCGGUAGCCCGGAAUUUGGCCUACGCAUGUGUCGAAUGGCACGAAUCAAAUGCAGAAGACCGACUCGCCCUUCAGGUUAUUGCGCGUAUUCCUUCCAAGGUUUGCACUGAUGUGCACGAUACGGAAAUGGGCGGCGAAGGGUUGGCCGGGGCUGAGAACCACCCCACGCCUGAUUUAGAGCCCUCGGGCAACGCUGAUUCACCUCUACACGACGACAUCUCCGAAGUGUUCGUCGAGACUGUCGCGCCGUCGGCCAUUUUCUCAUUACAAGAGGAUGACGUCGUAUUCGGUCUUCGACGCACUCAAGCUGCCGAUCAGCUCUUGGAAGAAUUGCCUCUAUUCGGCAAUCCUCUCAAGAUUCCUCAAACCGACCUUGUAAGCCCGGAUUUCGACCCUGAUGCUCACUGGCGGCGACCAGCUCUACCUCUGAGCAAAUACGUCGAAGGUGAGAUGAAUGUUACUUGCAAAGGCCCUCCGCGCAAACGCGGCCGAUUCGACCAUCGAAAUGAAGACUCGGACGACGAAGGUGACAGUACCUUUGUCGCCGACCACACAACCAACAACGCCAAAAGCGACGCCAUCACCAGCAAUGUCGCCCUGUUCAAUCCCGAGUCGAAGCCUAUCCGAGAUCGGUUGCAUGCUGGCCACCAAUUUCGACCUCCAUCGGAACAUCCUAUGCCUAUGCAAUCUUUCUACGAGUGUCGCAGCGCGUCACAGUGGACAGUAGCUGAAGAUGAUGAGCUCAGAGGCCUCGUGCGCGAAUACUCAUACAACUGGUCCCUGAUCUCGAGCAUGCUCUCGACAAAAUCCUCCUUUGUCUCCGGCCCGGAGCGACGCACCCCAUGGGAGUGCUUUGAGCGAUGGAUCAACCUAGAGGGACUACCAGCUGACAUGCAAAAGACGCAAUAUUUCAAAGCUUACAACACCAGAAUCGAAGCAGCCCAACGUAUUAUAGCUCAGCAGAAUCAGAUCGCGGCCCAGCAAGCCAGCGCUGCCGGCGGCAAUAUGCCUGCUCUUCGCAGAAGACCUUCCGUCCCUGUCAGAGUCGAACGACGCAGGAACCAGAAGCACCUGACUUUGAUCGAUGCCAUGAGGAAGCUCGCGAAGAAACGAGAGACGGCUCAGCAGAAGCAACAGCACACAGCCUCGCAGAAUGCGGUCAAGAAGGCUGCAGAGCCAGCUCCGCAGCGACCAACGAAAACGCCAAGAGAUUACAGUUUACUGAGAUACGAGCGCGAUCAAGCCCUAGCCGAGAAGAUGGCACAGUAUGCCGCUCGCCAAGAUGCGCAACGAAGAGCGCAAAUGCAAGCCAGAGCACAAAGCCAAGCCGCUCAAAUGGCAGGAGCCGCUCAGGGCAGCCAGUCAAACCAAGGCGCUGCACAGGCUCAAGCCGGUGCCCAGCGUGCCGAGGUUCUACCGCACAUGGUGGCGGCCGCUGCCGCCGCAGCUGCCGGUCAACGUCCAAGCAUGCCGUCAGCAGGUGUUAAUGGCGCCCCUCAAGCUACUCCGAGCCUACCGUCGCAGAUGAGCCCCGCCAUGGUUGCUGCAGCUGCGCAAAUGAAGGGUAUUCCAACGGCCCAACUGCAAGCAGCCCUGCAAGCACAAGCUCAGCAGCACAGAAUGUCGCCGAUGCCUAACCAGCAAGCCGAUGCAAGCCUCAUGUUGCGAGCGCAGCAGAUAUCCAAUCAACAGCGUGCAGCUGUGCAAAUACAGCAGCAACAACAGGUUCACCACCAACAACAACGUCCCAACUCGGCUGUUCAGCAAAAUGGACAGGGCUCACCACCGAUGCACAACGGUGUGAACGGCAUCAAUCAGCAAACUUUUAUGAAUGGUACUCCAUCUAUGAUGCCUGCUCAAGCGAUGAUGCCUGCUCAAGCUAUGAUGCCUGUUCAGAACGUCAACAAUGCUAACCGCAAUGGAGGUGCUGCAAGUGGCGUCCCCGUGCAAAAUGGUGUUGUCAACGGCUCUCCUGGUACGCGGAUGCCGACGCAGUUGCCGCCCAAUAUUGCUUUGCAGCUCAAUCAACUUGAGGCCCAAUUUCGGGCAAAGAACCCUAGCUUGACCCCCGAACAGUCUCGACAGCUUGCCACAGAACAUCUCACUCGGGCCAUGAUGGCUCAGCGACAGUCAGCUCUGGCCGCUGCCGCAGGUGUAAACAGCCAACCUCAUUUCGCAAAUAGUAUCGCUGCUACGACGAGCCCUCACCAGUACGCUGCUUUGCUUCGACAACAACAGCAGCAGCAAGCUGCAGCAGCGGCCGCCGCGCAGCAAAGGCAGCAGCAGCAGCAACAUCAACCAAACGGCCAGCAGGGCCAGCCAGGUCAACAAGCGCCACAGCCACAGCCACAGCAGCAACCGCAACAACAGGUUCAAGGAACACAGCUGAAUGGAAACAACGCUGCUGGUAGUCCGGGUCCACAGGCUGCUCACCAGCGUCAAUCUAGCGGCAGUGCAACGCCAUCCUCAACGAGCAGAUGA